GUAGUUUGAUACAAGGGUUUACAAGUGCUUUACAAGAAAUAAAAUCUACACAUUAAUUACUCUUGACUACAUUGAUGUCAUACAUGAAGACUUGGUCAAGGUGAUGAUAACGAGGUUGACUGAGUCUUCUAUCUUGGACCGGUUUGUAGAUGAACCGAUGUAGACCGGAUGUAAACCUCCUUGCACUUCCUCUUGUACUUGUUGGACUUGUCUAGUACUUGGUUAAGUACAUUGGUUAUUGUCCAUCCAGACAAUGAAUAUUAUAACAGUAUUAGCAAAUUAGAACACACCAGUAUUCUGGAGAGAACGAGAAGACGGAGCUUGGAGCUAGCUCUUCUACUACCCUAGGCUCUCGCCGUGAACUAUUGAUUCUCGAGUCGAUGAGAGCUCCGGGAAGCAAAGACGCCGUGGUGAUCGAAAAGGGGAAAAAGGCGGGAGAGCCACAUGUUAUUACCGUGAAUUGUCCGGACAGGACCGGUUUAGGCUGUGAUAUUUGCCGAAUCGUCCUCGAUUUCGGCCUUUAUAUCAAAAAAGGAGAUGUUACAACGGAUGGAGUAUGGUGCUACAUAGUUUUGUGGGUAGUUCCUCAUUAUGAUUCUCUCAUACCGAGAUGGUCACAUCUCAAGACCCAGCUUGUAUCUGUGUGCCCCUCUUGCCCAACCUACUUCGUACUCAAUUUAAUGUCUCCUUCUCCAGCACCAACUCAUGUUUACCUGUUGAACUUCUUCUGCCUAGACCGGACGGGACUCUUACAUGGUACUGUAUCUUUUAUUGGGAUAUGAUUGUGAAUGUCAUCUUGAAUUGAACUUGAGCUCUCAAUUCAAUCCGUGAAGGUGACCACCACGCCUGAUGGGAGAGUUCUUGACCUUUUCUUCAUUACUGAUAACUUGGAUCUUUUACACACAAAGAAGCGCCAAGACGAGACACUAGAGCAGUUUCGUUCCGUCUUGGGAGGCUCUUGUAUAAGCUGUGAGCUCAAGUUGGCUGGUCCUGAGUAUGAACAUCAUCAGAAAAUUCCAUCUCUUUCUCCAGCAGUGGCUGAGGAACUGUUUAUGUCUGAUCAACGCACAGAUGAAGAAGACAAUCGCGCACAGGCUCUUAGUGAUGAUAUGAUAAAGAUGAAGAAUUCCUCUGUCACAGUUGACAACUCCUUGAGCCCGUCUCACACAUUACUCCAAAUAUGCUGCGUUGAUCACAGAGGCGUUCUCUAUGAUGUAUUAAGAACCUUGAAAGACUUUGACGUUAAGCUAUCUUAUGGCAGGUUCUUGCCUCGAACACAAGGUCAUCGGGAUAUAGAGCUGUUUGUUCAGGUGAAAGAUGAGAAGAAGAUGUUGGAUCCUGAUAAGCAAAAUUCGUUAUGUUCACGUCUGAAAGCUGAAAUGCUUCAUCCAUUACGUGUUAUAGUAACAAACAGAGGACCAGACACUGAACUUGUGGUCGCUAAUCCAGUGGAGCUAUCUGGGAAAGGCAGGCCAAGAGUGUUCUAUGACGUUACUCUUUCACUAAAAGUGCUUGGAAUCUGCGUUUUCUCUGCUGAAAUAAGAAGAUACACUUCUGGUGAUCGAGAAUGGGAAGUCUACAUGUUUCUUCUGGAUGAGAACUGUUUGUUCCUAUUUGAUAGCGCCUCUGUUAGGAAUGAGAUUGCUAAUAAAGUGAGAAGAACACUGAUGGGUUGGUGAAGACAUGUGCAGGGACGUCAGGACAUCAGUUUGUGAUCUGUCAUAUAUGGUAUGCCUUUGGCUUUAUGUCCUAUUGCUUUUAGCUUCAUGUAAUGUAUAUAUCUGUUUGGCUGUUAGUAAAUCAGCAAAUGCUAAUUGUCAGUGACAAGCUGAUAGAGUCUUGUGUACAUGAGACAGACCUUCACCACCAACUGCCAUGAGAGACUACUUGUAUUUAGUUUGAGUAAUCAAUAAAGGAAGUGAGUAUAGCACAA